UCCAUUGUGUUUACGUGAAAUCCUCGAAAGAUGUAAAUUGUAAACAAAAACACGUGCGAGGGGGAUGCCAAGUGCGUCUGAUUAGUUUUGGAGUUUUAAGCCAUAAGUCUUUCAGUUCAAUGAUGAGUGAUGUUAGAACUUUUAUAAAUCCCAUCCAAACAAACUGUGAAUAAACUAGACUUCCUUGGGCCUAAUUUAAAAGGCUACUUUAGGUAUCGAGUAUGUCACGCAAAUCUGCCACUAGAAAGUCUACAUCUCUGUGGGAGAAAUGUGAAGUUUGCCAGGCAGUUAUAUCUCAAAAGGAUCAUGCUACACAUCUAAAUGGAUCGUGCCCUCAGGCACCAGAAGCAUGGAAUCAUGCUUACAUUAUGGAUGGUGUUUUGUAUAGCACACUGGAACAGUUGCCAUCAGUUGAAUCGUUGAAAAAUUUGCCCUCUCAAGAACGUGAGAAAUUAGUACUUCUGUCACAGUCUGCUCUUCAGAUUUGUGGUAUGGUGAUUGGUGAUCCAGUAAUUAUCAGUUCAAAAGGGAAUUCUGCUGUGAAAAUUGCCUGGCCUACUUCAGAAAAGUCUGUAACAUCAGUUUUAAUGAUAAAAGAAGGGUUGGAAAUAUUUAGAGGACAAUUUGGUGAUCAAAUUUGUGUAAGGAAGUUGAAUGUGAAACCACUACCUGCCCAAGAAGUUAGGCUCAAGCCACUGACUCACAUAGAAACUUCUUCAGACCUUUCACUACUGAUUCAUCACCAAUAUAAUAGCAGCAUAAUUUCUGUACGAAACAGGCUAAGAAUUUUACACUAUGGCAGACCUCUGACAUUUGAAGUGACUGACAUUAAACCAUAUAAAACGUGUGAUGUAAACAUUGAAGAGGCAGCAGAUGAUAUUUCUAGGCUGAAAAUUGAAGAAUCGGAAACCUUUUCGGAGUCAUGCCAAGCGAAGAAAAGUGUGGAAGUUAUGAAUGACAUUGAAGUUUAUUCAGUGAUCAGCAGCACUUCAUGGGUUCUUCAGCGGACAAGUGCAUUGCCAGCUGAUGACAAACAGGAUAUUACUGUGGACGAUGUAGGAGGCAUGGUGGACAUUGUAAAUGAGAUUACAGAGCUAAUGAACCUAGCAUUUGGGGAUGUUAAGCCAUUUGCAGGUUUGCGACCUACACGAGGAGUUUUGCUGCACGGUCCACCAGGUGCAGGAAAAUCAUUUAUAGCAAGAGCAAUUGCAAAUUCCAGUGGUGCAUCUGUUACUUACUUACACAGCUCGGAGCUGACAUCAGAUGCUAAAGCUAAGCUAUCGGCUCUUUCAUCUGUCCAAGGACAACAUGUUGCUAUCAUUGAUGAUGUGGAUGUUACUUGCCGUAAGCGGGGACCUGGAUCCGUGUCACUGUGCUUGUUACUUGACAGCCUGCAUUCUGCUGCAAGUAGGGUCAUCGUACUGGCUACCACUCGACAUCCCGAUGAUCUUGAUCCCACACUUCGUCGCCCAGGGAGGUUGGAACGUGAGAUUGAAGUAGGAGUGCCAAACCCAGCUGCACGUUUGGAUAUCCUGGGUCGCCUGCUACCAGAUGUCACCCAUGACGUGCUGAGUGAUGCAGCAGCAGCUGCCCAUGGGUUUGUGCCGGCAGACCUGGCAUCUCUAGCAUCACAUGCAGUGCUGUCAGCUGCUCGUCGCGGUGCUUCACAGCCAGUGGAAGAUGAUUUUGCUGCUGCCUUCUUGCAAGUUCGUCCGAGUGCACUACGCGAGGUCCUUGUUCAAGUGCCAAAUGUGCAGUGGAGUGACAUUGGUGGCCAACAUGAUUUGAAACUCAAGCUUCGCCAAGCAGUGGAGUGGCCACUGCGUCAUCCUCAAGCCUUUUCACGUCUUGGUAUCUCACCGCCACGUGGUGUUCUGAUGUUUGGACCACCUGGGUGUUCAAAGACUAUGAUUGCUAAAGCACUUGCAACAGAGAGCAAGUUAAAUUUCAUCUCAAUAAAAGGACCAGAGCUGUUUAGCAAGUGGGUAGGAGAAUCUGAACGAGCAGUUCGUGAAGUCUUCCGCAGAGCACGACUAGUAGCGCCUGCGAUUGUGUUUUUUGAUGAGUUGGAUGCCUUGGGUGGUGUGAGAGGAGAUGGUAGCGGUACCAACAAUGUACAGGAACGUGUUCUCGCACAACUGUUAACUGAGAUGGAUGGUGUCACUCCUCUGGGCAAUGUGACAGUUGUUGGUGCUACAAAUCGCCCUGACAGGAUUGACAAGGCUCUCUUGCGUCCUGGACGUCUCGAUCGUAUUAUUUAUGUUCCACUGCCUGAUGCUGACACUCGGCGUGAGAUAUUCAUGCUUCAACUUGGACGUCGAACACCAGUUGCCUCUGAUGUAAAUGUUGAAGAACUUGUUCAAAGCACUGAAGGAUAUUCUGGAGCUGAGGUUCUUGCAGUGUGCCAUGAGGCAGCACUUAAAGCUCUAGAAGAUGAUUUGGAAACAGAUGUCGUUGCACAUAAACAUUUCCAGGCGGCUCUUCAGAUAGUCACACCUAGAACUCCUCCGUCCCUCUUGAAGCUCUAUGAAACAUAUCUACAAAGUUGAUUGAAUGAGAGGUUUGGAGAAACUACUGCAUACAGUGAGAGACUUGGUAAAUGAUGCAAGAUAUGUGAAGGAAGAUAAACAUUGAAUCAAACAGAGGAUUAAGAAACAACAAUUUUGAGUGAAAGAUAUUGUUUGUUAUAUUUUGUGCAUUGCAGUUAGUGGGUUAUAUUUCUUCUCAAGAUUCUAAUCAUUUAAAUUUGUUUAGGAGUUUGAAGAAGCAUCAAAGUCAGCAUAACACAACUAUUAAAUUUUUGAAGAAAAAAAGAAAAUGUUGAUUGUGCAUAAGAUUGUAAAAUAAAAAUUAAGAUAUUUUAAUGUUA